CAGCAUCAUGAGAAAGAGCUUCAAAAACUUGAAAAUAAUAAGAGGUGUGCUUUAUAGAGAAGUAACAACAAACAACGAGAAAGUACAACAACUAGUUCUGCCUGAAAUUUACAGGAAAACAGUGCUUUUAGGUUUGCACAAUGAGAUAGGUCAUCCAGGCAGAGAUAGAACUCUGUCACUUCUGAGGGAAAGAUUCUUUUGGCCUGGAAUGGCAAAAGAUUGUGAACUUUGGAUUAAGAGUUGCAAUAGAUGCCUCAGACGCAAGUCAGACACCAACACUAGAGCACCACUUGUGAAUAUUGAAACAACAUAUCCAUUAGAACUUGUCUGUAUGGACUUCUUAACGCUUGAACCAUCGAAAGGAGGAAUCGCCAACAUUUUAGUAGUAACUGAUCACUUCACAAAACUGGCUUUAGCAAUACCUACAAAAAACCAGACAGCAAAAACUACCGCAGAAGCAUUCUAUGAAAACUUCAUCGUUCAUUAUGGCAUUCCUACUAGAAUACACUCAGAUCAAGGCGGUAAUUUCGAAUCAACACUCAUCAAAGAACUUUGUGAAUUAUUCGGCAUAGAAAAGUCUAGAACAACACCAUAUCAUCCAAGCGGUAAUGGAAUUUCUGAAAGAUAUAAUAGAACAUAACUCAACAUGUUAGGAACUCUUGAUUCAAGCAAAAAGCCAGACUGGAAGAAACAUUUGCCACCACUUGUUUAUGCCUACAACUGUACCAGACAUGAAUCAACAAAAUUUUCUCCAUUUCAGCUUAUGUUUGGCAGGACUCCAAAAUUACCAACUGACUCAGAUUUUGAAACAGCACAAGAUGCAACAACAAAUAAGACAACAACAGAGUACGUUGAACAGUUACAACAACGUCUACAAACAUCAAGAGAACUUGUAAAUCGUUUCUCAAACAAUUCAAGACAAAGACAGAAGAAACAUUAUGAUAAGAAGGCAAAGGCAUCCAAGAUUCAAGUUGGUGACAAUGUUCUGGUGAAGAUAUUGGCCUUUGAAGGACGCCACAAGAUAGCAGACAGAUUUGAGGAAGAGCUAUAUGUUGUUACCGAACAACCAAACCCUGAAAUUCCAGUGUUUGAGGUAAAGAAUAGAGAUGGAGCUUGUAGAACUUUGCACAGAAAUAAUCUAUUAUUAGUGGAAUCCAUAGACAAUGGACCCAAUGAAAGUAAUAGAGAAGAAAACAAAAAGGAUCAACAGACAGAUGUUAAUGUCAGACCAGUUCCUAAACCAAGGAAAAGGACUAAGGCAACAGCAGCUGCUAAUAAUGAUAGAGAUGAAGUGAAGAAGAAAACCAGUACUGGGUUAGAGAAUAAAGAAUUUAGUGAUUCAGAUGAGUCAAAAGAAGAAUAUAUUCUGAGAACAUAUCAAAGUGAGGACGCUCACACUUCUGAAUUAGACAAGAUGAAAGGAGAUGAAACAAAGAUAGAAGAUACAGUGGAAGUAGAAUAUGUCGACAUGGAUAGUGAUGAGAAACAAGAUAUAACAGAGACAGAAGAGAUUGAUACUGGUGGUCAUACAGACGACACAGUAGAAGAAAACGGAGAGAUAAAUAUUCAUCAUGAUGAAACUGAAGAAAAAAAGAUAACAGCUAGUGGGGGACAAGAGGAAUGUGCAAAGGAAGAAUUAAAUACAGAAGCAGCAGGACUUGAGGAACAAAGCAAGAAAACAAAUGAGAAGACACAAAGAAAGCCACCUCCAAGAAGACCAGAUAGAUCUAUGCCACCUCCAAGAAGAUCGGAUAGAUCGGCAAAGAAACUAAAAUGGCAAGAAGAUUAUCUCAUGUAUCAGAUAACUAGAACUACAGAUGACAGAAGUGAAGCUCUGAAUCAACUAUUGGAUUCUGGUAUUUUGAAUUCAGUUAGUAAGGACAUGGCAAACAAAUUAUGGGAAGCUGUGAUGAAGUGAUUUUAAACUAUAUCCAUGUGAAAUUUUAAUAAUGUAAUAAAUUUUGAUAUUGAAAUGUGAAAUUUUAUUGUUAAAUUGCCAUGAAAUGAAUAAAAGAUGACAUACUGUAAUCAAUAUAUGUGAGGUUCUGUUUUUAUUUUGAUAUCUAUGUAAUAAUGUGUUUGUUUGAUUAAUGGUAGAUCAAAUUUCAGGACACAAAGCAGAUAGAUUACAGAUAUGGAAAUUGUGGGGCACAAUUUUAGCAGCAGGGAGGAGAAGACAGUUCUUAUAGAUUAUUUUUCUUGUAUCACAAUAUACAGGUUUAGUUUAAAUGUAUAGUUAUGUUCAGCAUUGAAUUUAAGCUGGCUGUCAGUCUUUAUAGCUAUGUUUGAAGUAUUGUUUGGUGUAUAGAUUGCUUUGUGGAUUACUGUACAUAAUAUUACUAAUGUAGACUUUUUUCAGAUGAUUGCUGCAUUGAAAAGUUUUGGUAAAUGAUGAGACAUCAUUUUACGGAGAGGGGGAGAAUGUAGCAGUGUCAAUUUUAACACUUUCUUUAUGUUGUCCAGGUAAUGUUUUUAACUCCACUCAUAUUUCAGAUAUGUCAACAUGGGCCUUUAAACCUUUUAUUUAUUAUUUAACACAGGGCCUUUAAAGUAUAGAAAAGUGAGAUGUUGUCACCAUUUCCACGAACUGGUUAUUUUUAGAUUGGCUAGUUUCACUUUGUUUCAUCCAAUAAGAUUGGAGUAUUUGUUGUUUUGUGGUCACGUGAUCUUGGUUUGCGGUAGAGACCGCCAUGUUUAAUUUCUGGUUAGCAAGGCAAAGUGGCGUAUCAAGUAGUGUUUUACUUUUUAUAAGUUGGUAUGGUGUAUUUGGAUAUAGGAAUUAGCACAGUUACAGCUCUUGGGGGUGUUGGUACACAGCACAGGUGUGAGGAGACUGGAGAGACGACUGAGUGUUGUUACAUGUACAUGUAAUGUGGGUGUUUAUUCUACAAAUAAGACCCGGACAUGUUACACGUCUUCAUGGGUUGGAUGAUUUAUGUGUUCAAAGACAUGUACCAUAUUUUACAUGAUGACAGAAUGAAUUGAUAUUUAUAGAAGAAGAUUAUAUAGACAAUUAAAAGUAGUAGAAACUCCAAAUUGUGUAGUUUCGUCUCUACUAGACACACACACACACACAAACCACACACAGAAACUUUGCGUUAUACAUAUAUUUUUCACAUUCAUAUUCCGAUUAACACAACAUGAUAAACAUAUUUACACAGCCUAGUUACUAUUCUUCAUCUAACCUCUGUUUUUCUUAUGGAGUGGAAUUCAUAUAAGUUUUAAGUAGCUUGUUUUCCAAUCCAUUCGAUUGAAAAUUUCUUUGGUUGAUUGUUUGUACUAUUUUGAUUGAUGUAUGUCUUUUUAUCAAACUUUGUUAAUUUAAAUAUAGUACUCAUGUUUGUAUAUACAAUUUGUGGAAAUAAAUACAGUUUAAACUAAACCUGGUAUAAUAAUAAUAUCGUGUAUUAGUAAACUUUAUAAUUCUUUCAUAACCAAGCAAGUUGCAAGUUACAGCUCGUUUAAAUGAA